UUACAUAGAGUACCUGGUAAGGCGAACUUCAGUGUGACAAAUGGAGCCGAAGGUUGAGAGGUGAAGGAAUAUAAUGUUUUUUUAGAUUUUGUUCGUUUUCUGUAAGAAAAUGGCUGCUCAAGAAUGGCAGAUGGCGAAGGAAUGGCUCAGUUCCACUGGGGCUGUGCCUUUGUCAAGUAAAAUUCAUUCAGACUGUGAUUUGAUCGACUUUGUACAAGCCCUUCGUGAUGGAGUCAUUUUAUGUGAAGUUGCAAACCACAUCAGAGGAGGGGCUGUUACGGAUUUGACACGAGCGACACACAUGUCAGCGUUCUUUUGCAACAAGAAUAUCGGUGGAUUUUUGAAAGCCUGCAAAGUCACUUUCAAAAUUCCAGAACAAGAGUUGUUUAGUCCAAGAGACUUAUAUGAUGUGUCUGAUUUUGCCAAGGUUAUUCGAUGUUUAUCAUUAUUAUCAAAAUCACCAUUGGCAACACAAAUGGGACUAAAGCCAUUUCCUCCAGAAAACAGCGUUCAGCAACCUCAGCACCACUACCACUAUGAUGAUGAUAGAGAGAUUUAUUCACGGUUGGAGGAUGCUGUUGCAUCACAUGGAAGAGCAAAACUUGAUGAAGAGGAAGAUGAUAUUUACAAUAUAUAUGAUCCUGUAACUGUUGCAGAAAAUGAAAAAAUCUAUGAUGACAUUGUGAAAUGUGUGAAACAGAGUCAAGCAAUUCUAGCCAGGGAACCUGCAGCUCUUCCUGAUAAAAGAAGCCACAUUAUCAAUGAAAUUUUACAGACUGAAGAAAAUUAUGUCAACGCCCUUAGUGUUAUGAAAGAUUUUUUCAUUGGACCAUUAAAGAUGUUUUUGAAGAAAGAAGACAAAGAAAUCAUUUUCAUGAAUACAGAGACGCUCUACAAACUACACUACGAAUUUUUCAGACUUUUAAAGCCUAGGGAAGCUGGAUUGAAUUUGCAAAGCUUCAUUGAUUUUGCUGAUAGGUUUCUGGAGUAUGCAUACUACUGCUCAAAUAUGCAAGAAGCUCAACAGCACGUCACUGAACUCUGCAAAGAUUCCAAAUUUAAUCAAUUAGUCGAGGAAUGUCAGAGAAAUUCUAAGAGGAAAUUUCCACUUCAUGAGCAGCUUAUUGUACCGUUUCAAAGAAUUUUGAAGUAUCCUUUACUCUUAAAGGGGCUUUUGAAAGAUACCCCUCACGACCACCCGGACAGGGCCUUGACGCAAAAGGCCCUUGAAGCCAUGGAGGACGUGGCUUAUUAUAUUAACAUGUAUAAAAAAGAUGACGAGAUGAAGAAAAAAAUUGCAAAAAUAGAAGCAAGCGUCAAAGAUGACCCUUGUCAGAAUGAACGUGUUUACGAGUACGGGAGAUUCCUUAAUGAUGGCGAAGUUCAGGUCAGGUUUACCAAUGAUGACAACAAAAAAGCGACUUCAAAACGUUACGCAUUUCUAUUCGACAAGUUCCUUCUUCUUUGCAAAAAUCAAAGAGAUACCUACGAAAUUAAAGAAAAACUCAAUUUGAAAAGAUUCAAGGUUGAUGCUGAAACUUCGGAUUCAGGGAGGGGAAAAUUGGCCUAUUGCUGGAACAUGCAAGCCGACAGUGGAGAUGAAGUGACGGAAACAAUCAACUGUACUAUGUUUGUGACAUCGAAAAUGUUGAAGGAUGCCUGGGUUACAAAGCUACAAAUGUGCAUCGAUGCUGUACAGCUUCCGAGAUUUAAAGGAGGUCGUCAUAAAUUUGAGCUGACGACUUUUAAUGGUCCUAAUCGCUGUACAGUUUGUGAAAAAUAUUUAAGUGGUCUAAUUAGCCAAGGUUACCAUUGUCCAGCGUGUAGUAACAACGUUCACUACGGUUGCAUCGAGAAAACUCGAGACUGUCUCGACAGGAGCACAAAACAUAAACCUUCAGGAGCUUACAUUCCAAACGAAAUAAAGACGAAACCUUCAAACGAAGAAGCACCCGAUGUCAAAGGAGUGCUACGAAAUUGUACCUGGUACGUGGGUCUGAUGAACAGACACACGGCAUCGGAAAAACUGCAGCUUCAGCCAGAUGGUACAUUUCUCGUUCGAAAGAGUGACAACCAGAAAGGAGGUGGCUUGGUUCUUAGUGUUAUAUAUCGAAACGAAGACAAACAUAUCAAAAUCCAUUAUGCUGAUGGAGCUUACUUUCUCACGGAAGGAGUUCAGUUUGGGACGAUACCGGAGUUGGUGGACUACUACCAUCGACAGACCCUUGGCGUCAACUUCCCAACGCUACCAACAACCUUAACCGGAUCGAUACCGCGCGAUUUCGUGGUCGCGAGGCAUUCAUACAAUGCAAGAAACCAACAAGAAUUAUCCAUCAGGAAAGGUGCUCGAAUUGCAGUUAUUAAACGAACAGGCAAUUGGUGGUAUGGAGAACUCGACGGAAAUGUUGGAUUCUUUCCCAGUAUUUAUGUGGAGGAAGUUUCAAUCGCAUCAUAGCUGCUAUCCACUGAAUUAAUUAUAUUUUCGCAUUUAAGUUCCCUCAAAUACAGCGCCAUUGGUCAUGCCAGGCCAAAGUUUGCCUAUCCGCGAUUUCUCUUUUCUAAGAGAUUCUUAUUUUAAUUAUCCGAGUGAAAAAAUGCCUAGAUGUAUAGAAAUUCUUUGCACGUCGUAUUUUUCAGAUAGAAUUAGUUUAUUCUAUACAAGUAUGUGUUAAUAAGGCUUCAUAUUUUAGAUUUCUCUGCGAUUGUUAAAAACAUAGAUAAUCAAAAAGCCUGCCUUUGUACAAAAAUAUUACCUUUUUACUGGAAUCUGUUUGUUUUAUUGUGGGUAUUUAAGUUUUCGUUUAAAUGCAGUUGAAAUCCACCUUCUCGCCAAUUAUCGCUGCUACUAACUUCACAAUAUUUUUUAGAAGUUUUAAGAUAUCGAUUCGGGUAACUAUGAUUUGUGGGGCAUAGAUUUUAAUGAAAGGCUAAUACACUUUGUUAUUGCUGAGGGUUUUUCUGUGCGUUGCGAUGAUUUUUUUUUUGAAAUGGUUGUUUGAAAAGAGAGCCUACCUUUUCAAAUGCCCUCUAUUUUUUGCGAAAAUAUUACCUAUAUCUUGUAAUUUGUAGUAGAUUCCUCUUCGAUGCAUAGAAACACUCGUCGUGGUUCAUAAUUAUUUAAUACCAGAAAAAUAAAAAUGGCGUCGAUUAUGUUGGCAAUCGUCUUUUGUUAAUUGCCCAGGGAACUGAACUUUAUCAAUUAUUCGAUAUUGCCUUUAAGCUGUACAGUCCUCUUGAGAAUGAAAUGCAGAUCGGAAUUAUUCCCCUGUUGAUUAAAUGUUUUUAUUCUUUCUUAUUCGUUUUCAAUUGCUUUGAUUUGCCUGUGUUAUUGUCAAAUAUUUAAACAGCUCUAAAAUCGAAGGUAUUAUUGCUAACUUAGUGUGACUAGAAUACCAUCAGCGUUUCUUUGUAUUUUAACUUCCACACUUGCAAUUAUAUAUCGUUUGCAUGUAGGCCUAGUGUUGGAGCAAUGAUCUACGUCUAUUUUUUUAUCGACACGCAUAACUUCCCGCCAAUAAUUUGUAACAACAUAGAGCUCAAAUUUUCAUUGGCUGAGAGCUUACGCUUAACCACGUUACCGCUCUCGCCGCUGAGCCAAUCGCAGCCCCAAGAAAUGUAAACAGUCUAAGAAGAUUGCCAAAUUUGGGCAUGUUUCGCCCUCUGUUAAAAACACCUUGACUGAUUGGCUUAGCGGCCCGAGAGGGGACUUAGCAUAACCUUUAAGCCAAUGAAGAUCUGUGUUAUAUGCUAUUUGUAACUGUUGCAUAGAUAUCAUAUAGCGUGUAUGAUUGAGUUCCAAAGAGGUAUGUAGUAUGUCAAAAUCUUAUAAAUCUCGAAAAAGGUUGCCUUCAUCUUGAAUAAUGAUGAGACAGUUUUAGGGAAAAAAGAGACGCCUUUUUGGUCAGUAUGCAACCUUUUGUGGGCGAAUAGUGACGAAACACUUUGAUCAGAAUAAAAAUUAGACAUAUCAAAUGGCUACAUGGUUAGUAGAGUAAUCAUAAGUUACUAUCAUAAGUUACAAGUAAAAUUUCGACUUAAAAUGACUUUUAAAGGAUGAAUAACAUAAUAAUUAGGAGCCAACUUUCGGUCAGUUUUUGAAAUUACCCUUAGUAAUAACUCUUCUCUAAAGGAGUACCCUGAAAUUGGCCCAUGUUAUUAUCGAUCAAUACCGUUGACGAUAAUUUUCCUAUUUUAGUAAGUAUCCGUUUUACUGACCAGCUAGCCAUGUUUCCGAUCACCAUGCGAGAAAAUAGACGAACUUCCUUUACGAAAUAUCCAGUACCGUAUUUCUAAUCUUCACGAAGAAAUUAGAGAGAGAUAAUUCAAGUUGUAAUCGUAGAAAACAUAGAUUUUUGUAUAGAGCAUAUUCAUUGAGUCAAGAAGAAUUGUUAAAGAAGUUAAAUUAUGGUUACUUUAUCUGUGACGCUUCUGCUGGUCAGCUUAAUGAUUUAAGGGGAACCUCUAAAUCCUCUUAGGCUAGGACAAUCUCUAAAACCUCGUAGCUUCCAUUUAACGAUGAUCUAUCCGUAAGCAAUGAAUUUCUAUCAAUUUUUGAGAAGCCUCAUUUCAAAACUAGCAUUUUGUUGCAAGUGGAACUGAUAUUUGAAUGUUGUCAGUCAGGAGUCAGGAAACCGAUUUGUUUCAAUAUGUGUGUUGGACGAUAAAGGAAGACAAGCAUGUUUUCAGCAUAAGGCAACACAAGUUUAAAAAAAAGCUAUGUUGUCUGUCCCAAGCUCUUUGUUGUUUCAACU